AUGGUCGCAGCUCUUCGAUACCUCGUUUGUCUUGGCUUGUGUGGCGUUGCCACCGCCAAAUCGAAGUGCCGAUGGUACCAGCGUAACUGCGGUUCCUACGCUGCGAAGCCGCACCCAAAGCCGCAUCCGAAGCCAGUCUAUGGACACCCUCACGGAUAUCCUGUGGGAGAGAAGCCAUACAAGACAUACACUCGCUCGCUUGGCUCGACAAGCUGUACUUUCACCAUUCCAACCACGGACUCCUAUGGCUCACCCACUACAUAUGUUGUGGUAGACGUUCCAACGCUUACGCCAACUCCGAUUGCCGACCCUUUCGAAACCAUCACUACUACUUCAGGAUCGACAAGCUUUACAUUGACUGUGCCUACAACUGAUGCUUACGGCGAGCCAACUACGGUCGUAAUAAUUGGAGAGCCGAGCUCAGCGGUACUGCCGAUAGAGUUUAGUACCACCACCAGUACCAGUGGCUCAGUCUCUUUCACGAACGUCGUAUCUACGACAGAUGCUUUCGGCUCGCCUACCACCAUCAUAGUAGUCGUCGAGCCUACAGCCACCGAUGCUAUUUCUUCUUCCACCACCAUCGCUGCAUCUAGCGACUUGGUCAGCUCCGAACCAACAGCCAGCAGCACGAGUUCAGAUGGAGCCAUCGCCUUACCAACCGGCUUCUCCGAUACCAUUAGCUCCACACCUAGCUCGAGUGGUGCGGCAAGCUCUGAGCCGACGCUUUCCAGCUCAUCAGACCUGCUCAGCUCCAUCACUGCUUCCAGCGAAUCUUCAUCUCCAGUCUCUAGUGUUGCAGCAGACCUGAGCGCUACUGUCAAGUUCAGCCAGCUCAGCCAGCUCAGGAUCCACUGUCUCUGGUACAUCAGAUCUCCUAAGCUCCGCCAGCUCAGAGCCAACACUUUCUGCCUCAUCAGGCCUGCUCAGUUCCAUCACUGCAUCCAGCGGGUCCGCAUCGCCAGCCUCCAGUGCCGCAGCAGACACAAGCGCUACUUUUCCAGUAGCUCGAGUGUGUCAAGUGUGUCUGCCUCGAGCGCUGCUAGCAGCUCGCAAUCGGGGUCUUCCAGUUCGGCCGAUCUAGCCACCGUCACCAUUACCAGCGGUACCGUGGCCCUCACAGCGACCGUUGCCACCACUACUGUUGUCGGUGUCUCGACGAGCGUUAUCUUGGUCAUUGUUCCCACAACACCCACUCCCAGUGCCACUCCUACAGUGACGGUUGUCCCUACAUAG